AUGGAAGAUUCAUCGCGACCACCACUCGGGGAAAUAAGAGUCAUCAUUGGGGGAAGUACAACUGGCCAGUCGUCCAAGUCCAAGAAAGCUUACUUGAAGGUAGUGCAAAGCGUCCAGCUUUCUGGACGAUCACCAAUAGCAAGAUCUACGGACGAGCGGGCAAUUACUUUCACGGACGAGGACGCUGAUAGAAUUCAUCACCCUCAUGAUGAUGCCCUCGUCAUCUCCUUAUUAAUUGCAAACUACACAACCAGAAGAGUGCUUGUGGACAAUGGAAGCUCAGCAGACAUUUUAUAUUAUCCAGCUUUUCAGCAGAUGAGAUUAGGACGAGACCAGCUCCGUCCAGUGGACUCCCCCCUAGUAGGCUUUGGUGGGAUGAAGGUGCAACCAGUUGGUACCAUUUCCUUAUCCGUGGUAGUGGGGGCAUAUCCACGACAGAUUACCAAGGAUGUGAACUUCCUUGUGGUACAAGGUGACCAACUGGCAGCAAGAGAGUGUUACUUGGCCAUGCUGGCCAUGGAUGAACAAGUUCAAGCAAUGAACAUUGAAGAAAAGAGGGUUGUAGCAGAACCUACUGAAGCAUUGGAAGAUAUUCCCUUGGAUGAAGAUAACCCUGAGAGGUGUACCAGGGUUGGAGCAGAUUUAGAAGAGAAGAUUAAGACGGACCUCGUCCAAUUUUUGAAGAACAACAUCGACGUGUUUGCGUGGAGUCACGAGGAUAUGCCGGGGGUGACAUAUCAGAGGUUGGUCAACCACAUGUUCCGUCCGCAGAUUGGGCGGAAUGUGGAAGUCUAUGUAGAUGACAUGCUGGUGAAAAGUCAGGACGAAGGAAGACAUCUAGACGACCUGCAGGAGACAUUUGAGACAUUGAGGCGGAGAAUUGAAGCAAAUCCAGAUAAAAUUCAAGCAAUACUGGACAUGAAGCCACCGCAAAAUACCAAGGAAAUCCAAUCCCUCACUGGACGAGUCGCUGCGCUUAACAGGGCACCGCUGCUAAGUCCAUCAGUGGAAGGAGAGGAACUAUAUUUGUACCUAGCGGUAACCCCAUAUGCUGUGAGCUCGGCAUUGAUAAGAGAGGAAGAUAAAGUCCAAAGACCUGUGUAUUAUACAAGCAAGGCAUUGAAAGGAGCGGAAGGACGAUAUCCACAAAUGGAGAAGUUGGCCUUCGCACUAAUCACAGCUUCAAGGAAGCUGAGGCAUUAUUUCCAAGCACAUGUCAUUAAUGUUAUGACAGAUCAUCCUCUCAAAAAAGCAAUGAAUAGACUGGAAGCUGCAGGGCGAUUAAUCCAGUGGGCCGUGGAGCUAAGUGAGUUCGAUAUCAGAUAUCAACCAAGGCAUGCCAUAAAAGCUCAAGCCCUAGCAGAUUUUAUUGCAGAGUUUACCCCAAGUCAUAAUGAGGCAGAGGACAGCAAGAGAUGGAUCGUCCACGUGGAUGGUUCGUCUACACGGCAUGCAGGAGGAAUUGGUGUGGUCCUACAGUCUCCAGAGGGAGACAAACUGAAACAUAAAGUCCGUCUACAGUACCAAGCGACAAACAAUGAAGUCGAAUAUGAAGCCCUCCUCAAAGGGCUAGAAUUGGCGAAGUCCGUGGAAGCCAAGUCCAUAUGUGUCAUGGGAGAUUCCCAACUGAUCAUGGGCCAAGUGAAUGGGAUGUAUGAAGCGGAGGAAGGACGAAUGAAGAAAUACCUUGGUAGGGUGAUGCGCCUUGUGAAAAGGUUUGAAAAAGCUGACUUCGUUCAAAUCCCCAGGGAGGAGAACGUGGAAGCUGAUACUAUAGCAAAAGAGGCCUCAGCAGAUGAAUCAUUAGAGAAGUCAGAUGAAGUUCAGUAUAUGCCGAGUAUAGAUGCCCAGGAAGUACAGCAGGUGGAUAACAGAGAAAAUUGGAUGACUCCCAUUAUAUCAUAUUUGAAAGACGGACGACUACCAGAAGAAAAGGACGAGGCCAGAAAGGUGAGGGUGAGAUCAGCUAGAUACGUCCUUAUGAAUGAAGUUCUAUACAAGAGAGGUUUCUCUCAACCUUACCUUAGGUGCCUAGCUCCGGACGAAGCGAACUACGUGCUGAGAGAAGUUCACGAAGGGGCAUGUGACAAUCACUCAGGAGCCAGAUCACUUGUCCACAAGGUCGUCCAUGCAGGAUAUUACUGGCUGAACAUGCAAGCUGAUGCAAAAGCAUACGUUAAAGUCUGCGACCAGUGCCAGCGAUUUAGCAAUGUCCCCAGGCAACCAUCAGAAUACCUCACCCCAAUGGUAGCACCGUGGCCCUUCGCACAAUGGGGAUUGGACAUUUUGGGUCCCUUCCCUUUGGGAGUAAGGCAGAUGAAGUUUUUAGUUGUGGGCAUCGAUUACUUCACCAAAUGGGUGGAGGCAGAACCGUUGGCAAAUAUCACAUAA